AUGUCUCCCCCUGCUGCUGUAUCCCCUCCCUCCCGCUCUGCUGAGCUCGCCAUGUCCGGCACCAAGCUCCCCAUCCACGCGAGCAAGAACAUCAACAACACGACCGUCGAUGAGAUGCUCGGCCAGUGGGAUGACUUCAAGUUCGCCCCCAUCCGCGAGAGCCAGGUCUCGCGUGCCAUGACCCGCCGCUACUUCAAGGACCUCGACACCUACGCCGAGUCCGACAUCGUCAUCAUCGGUGCCGGUUCCUGCGGUCUGAGUGCUGCGUACAUCCUCGGCAAGAAGCGCCCUGAUCUCAAGAUCGCCAUCAUCGAGGCUUCUGUGUCUCCUGGUGGCGGUGCGUGGCUCGGCGGCCAGCUCUUCUCUGCCAUGAUCAUGCGCAAGCCUGCUGAUGCUUUCCUCCGCGAGGUUGGUGUUCCCUACGAGGACGAGGGCAACUACGUCGUUGUCAAGCACGCAGCUCUCUUCACCUCAACCAUCAUGUCCAAGGUUCUGCAGAUGCCCAACAUCAAGCUCUUCAACGCUACCUGCGUUGAGGACCUGAUCACUCGCCCUUCAGAGGAGGGAAUUCGCAUUGCUGGUGUUGUCACCAACUGGACUCUUGUUUCCAUGCACCACGACGACCAGUCCUGCAUGGACCCUAACACCAUCAAUGCUCCCUUGAUCAUCUCAACCACUGGCCAUGAUGGCCCCAUGGGAGCAUUCUGCGUCAAGCGUCUCGUUAGUAUGCAGCGCAUUGAGAAGCUUGGUGGUAUGCGUGGCCUUGACAUGAACCUCGCCGAGGACGCCAUUGUCAAGGGUACUCGUGAAAUUGUACCUGGUCUGAUCGUGGGUGGAAUGGAACUUUCUGAGGUCGACGGCGCCAACCGCAUGGGUCCUACCUUUGGUGCUAUGGCCCUGAGCGGUCUCAAGGCUGCCGAGGAAGCCCUCAAGAUCUUUGACACCCGCAAGAAGCAGAACGAUCUGUAA